AAACAUUUCGCUUACAGCUCUCAGGAGAGAAACAAACAUGGCGUCUACCACAACAAAUUGGAAAGACGAUAUACUAAGGAAAUUAAAACAUCGCAACAAGACACAAGCAGGCCCAUACGCCAAGUUGAUAACUGCUAACAGCAGAUUGUUAGAGAUAACAUCAACGCUGAAGACUCGUAGCACUCAGCUGCAAAGUGAUGUUGAGCGGCUUAAGGCAGAAAAUUUUCAACUUCAGGUCAGGGUUGACACAGGCGGUGGCGGGGGAGGUGGAGGGGAGAGAACUCAUGCCCUAGAGCAAAAGCUGUUCAGACUGCAGGAGGAGCUGACAGAGUUGCACAAAAAACGGGGAGAGAAUGCCCAGCAGAUCAUUGAUCUCAACAAUGUUCUUCAGGAAAAGGAGCGAGAGCUCAUGAGCAAGGACAGCAAAAUUUCCGAUGCAGAAAGUAACAUUUUGGCGCUGAGGGGAGCACAGAGAAGUCUAGAAAACACCAUCCUGGAACUGGAGGCUACCAAUCAGAUGCUGAAGGAUGAGCAUCAAGCACUGCAGCUUGCCUUUGCAGCACUGGAGGAGAAAUACCAGAAAGCCCAGGAGGACAAUCGUGACCUUAUCGAACGCUGGAUGGCGCAGAAGGCUAAAGAUGCUGACAUUAUGAAUGAAGAGAACGCCAUAUUUAUGAAAGAGAAACCAAUCAUCUUUCCUGGAUUGACUGCUCUCUGUUCCAUUGCUACGGUACCCAGCCGAGCCCUUUGUAAAUUUGAUGCCCAUGAUGGGGAGGUGAAUGCAGUCCAGUGGGGUCCAUCUGGUCGAAUUUUUGCCACAGGGGGUGCAGAUCGAAAAAUCAAACUGUGGGAAACAAUCAGUGACUCACUGCUUCAUCAGCUGAGUGAGCAUGCAUUAACUGACACAUCAGAUGACCUGUUGGUGCACAACUCAGUAUGUCAUGAUGACAUAGGGACCUGUAACAACCGAGGAGUGCUUACAGGCAGCAAUGCAGGCAUCAUGUCUGUGGAAUUUGAUGAUGAGGAGAAUCUAAUUCUUGGAGCCUCAAAUGACUUUGCCAGUCGAGUCUGGUCUCUUGCUGAUCAGCGAUUGAGGCACACCCUGACUGGACACAGCGGUAAAGUCUUGGCAGCCAAAUUCCUGUGUGAUACAAGCAAAGUAGUAACCGGCAGUCAUGAUCGCACACUCAAGGUGUGGGACCUCCACAGUAGAGCUUGUGUCAAAACAAUUUUUGCUGGCUCAAGCUGCAAUGACCUGGUGACCCUGCAUGACAACAACAUUGUUAGUGGUCAUUUUGACAAGCGAGUUCGCUUUUGGGAUAUCCGCAGUGAUAGCAGCACUAAUGAAAUUAUGCUACAGGGUCGUUUAACAUCCCUCAACUUGGCUCCAGAUCGCAAUAGCCUGUUAUGCUGUACAAGGGAUGACUCAAUCAAAAUUCUGGACUUACGCAUGAAUCAAGUGUGUGCUACUUUAGUGGCUGAUGGCUUCAAGGUGGGAUGCGACUGGUCUCGGGCUUGCUUCAGUCCUGAUGGCAGUUAUGCAGUGGCUGGCUCCAGUGAUGGAUCUCUCUUUAUCUGGAAUAUUGCCAAGAAUAAAGUUGAAAAAGUCCUAAAGGAGCAUAGUCAUGCUGUGCUGGCUUGCUCAUGGAACCCUAACGGAUCAUCCAUUCUAAGCUGUGAAAAAUCUCGCAAGUGUAUCUACUGGUCAGACUUUUGACCUCUGUGUCUUACUGGACCUUCAUUUCCUGUACGUGCGUGUAAUUUAGUGGGGGAAAAAAGGACAAAGAAAUACCCACACACAGAGUUGCAGACACAUGAUGUGUCCUUGGCAGCAGUUUGGUAAUUCCAGGAUGAUGUGAACAUUUUAACUAUUGCAAACAUUUUAGUGUAACCAUCUGAAACAUUCUGGCAUUUGACAAAUUCUCUAUGAUCUCCAACUUAAAGCUGCAUUUGCAAAAUAACGCAGACAGCAGACUUUAUAUUACUUUUUUUUCUUGAACGCUUGUUUAUUGUAAAAAUGAUUGUGAAAUGUUGAUUGCACUUUGAGGACUUUGUUAUGAGUGAAGGAAAAUAUAAUGACUGUCAGUGAUUUUUCUUUUGAUGAUCUAUGAAUAUGACAGUAAUUAUCUCGCAGUACUCUGAGCUCUUGAUGGGGAUGGGUGUGUAGUCAUGUGCUCACUAGUGUUUAAUUAUACGCAAGGUGGAGAGUGGAAAAGUUUGGCAGAUGCUUUGUUUUUGUACUUAUCUCUCACAACAGCUUCUGUAUUUACAGCACUGUUACAGUUUGCAUGCUUUUAACCAAGACUGAAAAUUUUUUUGCUGUGCUGUUAGGUUAUUGAGCUGUCAUCUUGUACUGGUUAUAGUGUCACUGUUACAUGUACUUAUUAUCAGCUACUGGCAGUCAUGCCUUACUUUACAGUCAUGGAACACUGUCAUAGACUGAACUGUCAUCUUGUACGAGCCAUAGUGUCACUGACUGUUACAUGUACUUAACAGCUACUGGCAGUCAUGGCUUACUGUACAGUCAGGGAACACUAUCAUAUAUUGUAUUGUCAUGUUGACGGCAUCUUAAACAUACUGGUUAAGUUUUCAUUGCUUUUUUUUUUUUUAGAAAGAGAACGUACAUGGUUUAGCUGUUGGAUUUAAUUUUUCUAAAGUCAUUAACCACAGUAGCAUCAGUGAUAUGGCUGUUGGUGAUAUAGCUUGAAGUGUAUAUGUUAUGCCUAAACUGUCAGUAAUAGUUUACCACAACUGCAAUGCAUGGCAAUUCUUGGAGGACUUGUUAUUAGCCAGUAACUAGGCAGAAGGUUAGUCCACCCAUUGAACAUCUACGUGAAAGUGAGAACCAGAUGGAAUGAGAAGUAUGCAAGGGUAUCAUUAACAGCUAGACAAAGAGGCUUACCAAUGUCAAAAUGCUGUCAAAAGUACAGGGACUUAAAACUAUUUCAGGAAGAAUACAGAGUAGUUGAUGCUGUUUGGAAUAUAAGACACCAAGAUGGGUAAAGGACUUAGAUGGAAUUACAGUGUUCGUAGAUGUCCGUUGUGUCAAAUUGUUGUGAAGAUCAAAAGGGGAUUUUUAAGUCAUGUGCCAUAAUAUGCCUGUUACAGUUCUGUUCAAGGGAGUGGUAUGCUGAGAAACUGAAUCAUUGUGUGUGGUUAGUUGAUGUCAUAGACAGCAAGUGACUGGUUGACAGCAGUCAUCAUGACAAUACUGCAAUGUGCCAUCCAAGGAUUGAUGGGAAAGGAUUGUUGUGUGAAAUGUGCUUGUGUAAACAUUUAUUAGUUGGAAAAUAUUGAGCUAAAUACAGUAAUAUGAUGAGGAAGAAUUUUCAUUUGUGACAUAAAUUUAUUAAAAAAAAUAAUAGCUGUGUGUAAUUCUUAAGAUAUAUAUAUAUUUGUGUUUCAUCUUCUGUUUUUGCUGAUCAACAGUUGUUUGCUGAAUGAUUUGUCACAUGACUGACUGCACUUCAUAUGCUGAUGCAGUGUGACAUUUGAGAUCUUGCACAUUUGUGCAAUAAUGCAUCAGCAGUUGUAUUAAGCUGUAACAUAAUAACAUGGCUUUGUUGUUAGCUUUUUGAAACACUAAUGAUGUCAUCAUUGUCUUCCAAAUGUUGAGAACCAGAAAGAUCAGAUGUCAGAUCUUGAAGCAGAAGGGUCAGCACUAGAGGAUUAGGGGGUUGUACCUUUCAGCUUCUAAAAGACAAACACCUAGUUAAUAAGAUUAAAAUAUUUUGUUAGUUUCCAGCUAAAGGAUUUCUUCAGUACAGAGACAGCUGUUAGAGCAACAUUCAUAGACCUGUAUUUAAAUGUAGAAUAUGUCACUGUAAAAUGGGAUUUGUAUUAAGUGCAACCUUCCAUGUUUAGUGAGACGUGGCAUUUGAAUAUGUGUCCAGCAGCACAAGGGUUGUUGUUUUCCACAUCAACAGGUCUUGGAGCUGCGGUAAGAUUGCCUGCAACCUUUAUGUUUAGUGAGACGUGACAUUUGAAUUUGUGUUCAGCACAAGGGUUGCUUGUUUGUUUUUGUUUUAAGAUUUCCUGCAACAUAAGACAGCCUACAGAAUUUUCAGUAAAUUAUUGUCAUCUGGUUACAGGAGGAACAGAUAGGGUGCAGUCCCUUUUCUUCUCCUUUUUGUGUCCAAUGUGUCUUGUUUGGUAAUGAUCAUAAAUGGUCACUGCUAUACUAAACAGUAAGGUUGAGGUUUGUUGUUCUGAAUGAUAAAAGCUUUUGUUUUAUUGUCACAGUCUUCUCCUUUCUUAUUCUGUUCAACAUCUUAUUGUGUUCGCAUAUCAUGGUUCUUCCUCUGCACAGUUCUUUAUCAGGAUGUUUGAAGACUCCCAGUGCCAGUAUCUAUGUAACCAUUAUAAUGGUAAGAGGGAUCUCUAGCAGUAUUUUCUGAAAAUUACAGUCUUGACAGUUCUUUUGUUCAGUAUUUCAUUGUGUUCUUCAGAGCAAUUUCCAGAUUGUUCAUUAAUACAAUGCGGGAGGAAUGAUUGAAAAAAAUGAUCUUUUCAAGGAUGGUUGUUGUGCAGUUUUUAAAGGUAUUGCCCUAUCAUGGUCAAAAUGUUGUGUAUGACUUUGAUUCCAUGAUUUUACCUGUGAGCGCAGCUCAUUUUAGAGCAAGAUUUGUUGUUGUUGUUGUUGUUUGUUGGGAUUUAGUGUUCAUUUUACUUUUUCUCUGUUUAUAGUUUCAGAAAAUGUUUUCUUCACAUACUUUUGAUUAAUACAUAUAUUUGUUUUAUCCAGUUACACAUUCGGUUUUUUUAAAGGAAAAAGCACAAAAGUGAAGUUGCGUAGUUGACUGAUUAAAUGAACUGAACCUUUUUACUGUUUGUUAAACAGUUCACAUAUUAAUGAAAAUAAACACACCUGUUGCCAUAAAUAGCUUGCUCAGGAAUUGAGGAGAAUCAGUUUGGCUUUCAAAGAAAACAAGAAUCAUUUUAAAACACCACAUUUUUCUUGGGCUACAUGGAAGUAAAAUGAAAGAAAAUUAGAGGAUUUGUGUGGUUAUUAGUAGUAGUAUUAUACUGCGCCAGGUUCUAGCUAGUAGCUACUCACUGCAUACCAUGUAUGCGCACACGCACACACAUGCAAAGCAAGCCCUAGUUGACUGACACAAUAGCAAUGCAUUGACAGAUGUGAAGCAAAACUUAUCAAAGGUGUAUGGAUAAACAUUACUGUGUCACUAGACAUGAAGGAGACAUGGUCUUGAGAGAGGAUAUUAUCUAAGUAUGUGACAGCAGACUGGUGAAAGCAGCCAUUGUGUGAAGUGAAUAUAGUACUAGCUAGAGAGUUGCUUAAUAUUUGUCUUAGAGGCCUCUUCUUGACUUCCUCUCUUAGGGGUGUGUAUCAUGGUCUUAAUGAUAGGCCGUUUUGCUGUAAGAUGUUUUGGGGAUGCUGAGAGAUAAGUGGUUAGAGCAGUGGGGUCUGAACCGUGAGGUGAACUGGUCAAUACCCAUGUGGCCCAAGCAAACUUCCCCCAAUCGAAACUGCUUUUGGGAAUGGGCACUAGACCCCACAGAGGGUUGGGGAAGGUGAGGGAGAGAAAAUGGGCACCAUCCUCAUGCAAAAAUGGUUGAUUGAUGUCAUCCUAUUGGGGACGUGGGUUAAGUGAUUUUGUUAUUGAUGUAUUCAGCCUUAAUAUACAAAUUGUUGAUUUAUUAUAUUUCUUUACAAUAAUUGCUUAUGAAAUAAUUGUGCAAUAUUUGGUUUAUUUUUUUCAUUGCUUGUUUUGUCUGCUUAAGUGAUGUUCACUACCUUGGCCUAUGUAAACACCUUGAGUGGUGUGUUCUUUGAAUACUUUGCCUGAGCAACGUGUUGUCACUGUGCUUUCUGUCUAAAUAAUGUUUAGUAGUUUUGAGUAAUCUACAUGGGAAGUGCCUCCCACUUUUACAGUUUUUCAGCCAUGAUGGAUGUGGAACAAACACCCCCUUUCUCUUGUUUCUGUUAGGACAUGUAAGGCAGUCUUAGAAACGUAAGUCAUCUGAGAAAUAGGAGCUUUUCAGAGCUGGUGCAGUUCAUUAACAUUGUUGUCUGCUUUUUAAAAAUUUAGAUCUGUUCAGUUGGCGAGUUUAAAUAUGCUGAAGGCAGGCCAGCGUCUUAGCGCCCACACUAAGCAGCUCACUGUAAAAUCGCUGCACAUGGUUCCAAACUGCUUAUGGUGGAUACUGCUGAAUCCACUUGCUGUAGUCUGUAAAAGUGAUGUAAAACAAGGGUCAGGGAAAAUUGAGCAUUAGAGUGACUGGCCUUUCAAACUGUUGAAGCAAUCUGUUCAAACUAUACCAACAGCUGGUUAAACUCACUUCCUAGACAUGUGUUGGCUUGCAUUAGAAAUAAGUGGUAUAUGGCAAAGUACUAAGAUUAAUAAAAUCACCUCCAUAUAUAUAUAAUUAUUAGUAUUUUAUAAUAUAUAUAUAUUAAUCGCUUCCUAAUAUAUUGUUUUUAUUUGAAUAUCUAGUAGGUUAGUUUGUUGACAUGUCCACCAUGUUUAAUCCGUGAAAGUGAAUGGCACCCAUCUGUGUUUUACCUGCAUGUGUUGUCACCAUGGUGGUGUCAUAUGUCUGCAGUAGUAUUCAUCUUACUGAUCGUAGCUCAGUUAGCAUAGCUAAGAAAUCAUGGCCGUGAGAAAUCAAACAUCCCCUCAAAGCUUUGAUUGAAUCAGUUAUUCUUGCUGAUGCAAGGAGCCAGUCUAUGAUAAUCUCAUGAGAUAUGUCUCUGUCAUGGAAAGUACACUCAAAAGUCCUUGUUUGGCUGCCUUGGUAAAAGCUGUCUGGGCAAAGUGCCGACAAUGUGGUCUAGGUGAAGACCUAUGUUUACUGAGUUGUGUUCACUGUGCUGCGUCAUAUUGUAGUGAGAGAGUAAAAAGCUCAAUCUUUGCCAUUUUUAGAUAUGGCUGUAUUUUUUUCAAAACUUGUUCUCACAUCUGGGACUGACAUUUUGGUCAAGAGCUACCUGCCUGAUGAGCUGCAUCAUGCCUUGUGCUACAAUCCCAGCAAGCUGCCCGCAAUCACAGCUAUGGAGUGGGUGCCAGAAAGAAAUUAUCUGCUCACUCCUGAUUUCUUGUCUGCUUGCAGUCAGCUUUACCACCAGUGCAGGGCUUGCUAUGGCUGCUGUGCCUCAUUUGUACCUGAUCUUUUAUCGCCCUUUAAUGUGCAUGUACUUAAUGAAAGUAUUUGUUGUUAGCAUUCUACACCAGGGUUACUUAAUGCAUAGUAAUGAUCACUAUUGUGUCAGUAAGUACCAAAGGUAGGAUAUGAGCUGCCUGAGCCAGUGAGUUAAGAAUUAAGAAAAGAAAUGAGAUAACAUUUUGUGCUUUAAUGAAUGUUAUUAUUAAGACUACAUGAUUUCAUUCUGGUGAGAGAUAUGAUUUAGGUUUGUAUCUAUCUGCUUUGUAUAUUUUUGGCGUGUGAAUGGAAAACAAACUCAGUGAAUUGUGAGUAAUGGAUGGCCUUAUCAUUAAAGUAUAGUCUUGCUUCUGUGAUAAGGUAUUAGAACCAUGACUGUCAAAUACUAGGUAGUGAACAUGAAAAAACCCUUAUGAAAUGUGUUCCAGUAUCAACAUCAAAGCCAUUAUGCACAAACUAGAUAAAUUGAAGACUGCAGCACACUGUUGAUGUGAAGACUGUUGAUGAACUAACUGUCAUAAAGUCUCAGACAGGUUUGAAGGCGUGUGUUGAGUGUCAUAGACAUGAGUGAUUGUGAUCACAUGCAUGUGAACGUGCAGUGUUAUUGAUGAUUUAACGUAAUGUCUUGUGUAACAAUAAAUGGUCAGUUUACUGCAUCGGCACUUUGCGUGCAGCAA